AUGUCUUCUAACCGUAAAACACCUAAAAGCGGCUGGCGAAAGUAUUUUUUAACGAAGAAGGAUAAUACCACAGCAAUAUGCAAGUACUGUUCGAAAGAAUUAAAAACUUGUAGUAAUACUACGAAUUUAAAACAGCACAUAGAACGAAAACAUCCCGGUGUCUUACAGAACUUAUGUGAAGAUGAUGUUCGAGAUAUUAGCAUGUCUGGCAAUGAAGAUGCACCGAUGCAUCCAGCGACAGAAAUUGAAGCUGAACCUUCAACGUCAAAACGUGCCAGAUCAAGUAUCGGAGCUUCUUUUGCAAAAAAUUUGGCCUACGCCUCAGAUGGAAAUAAAAAUAAGGAAAUAACUCAAAACAUAGCAGAAAUGAUAUGCCGGGACAGUCUACCCUUUAUUUUCCACGUUGUUUUACAAGUAAAUUGUGCUAGUGAACCAGUGACACGACAAUAUUAUUUUCCGGAAUAA